UGUUGCUGUCAGAGACAAAUGGGGGUUAGUGAGGAGAGAGUCAAUCAUGGCUGCUUCCUUGGUUAGGUGGCUGAAAAGAUUGUACGUUUUUGUGAUGAUAUGUCCCCUCUGUGUCCCAGCCUUCUUGAAUCUAGAGGAGCUAAAUGAGAUGAAAUAUGGGAUUCAAAUUCUCCCCGACCCCGUCAUCUUGGGCCAGACUAAAACAGAGGAAGUUAUGAUGGUGUCUAAUAAGUUCAAGCAGGUGUAUGAGUGCCGACUUCCAGCCAUGGCUGUUCGAUUUCAUCAGGAUCUUGCAUCUGAGCCUGAAUCACCAGGAUACACUGGACCUGACAUCCCAGACCUACUGAGUCCAAUGCACAGCAACCAGUGUCUUCUGAAGACAAAGGACUGGUGGACAUAUGAAUUCUGCCAUGGCCAGUACAUCAGACAGUACCACCUUGAAGACACAGAAAUCAAAGGUGACAUACUCUUCUUGGGUUAUUAUGAGUCUGAAUUCGAUUGGAAUAAUGAAACAGCAAAGGCAUCCAAACAGCACAGGCUGAAGCGCUACCACAGUCAGACCUACAUAAACGGCUCGAAGUGUGACCUAAAUGGAAAUCCAAGAGAAACAGAAGUGCGGUUUGUGUGUGAAGAAGGUGCCAGCGACUAUAUCGCCCGAGUGGAUGAGCCUCAGUCAUGCCGCUAUGUUCUGACUGUUCACACCAGCCGCAUCUGCCAACAUCCAUUCCUGAAGCCACCCUCCACCGCCAAGCCACAGGGGAUCGUGUGCCAGCCAGCAUUAAGUGCCCAGCAGUACAUGGAUUACGUCAAAGCUCAAGUCUCGGACACGAAGCGUAAAGUGGAGCAGAUCUCUGAGGAGCUGAGGAGUCUUGAUGAGAUGCUGGCUGCUAAUGAAGGGACGGAUGGAGCUGUGGAAGUGACAACAGAGGAAACAUCACCUGCACCCACUGAUAACUCAAAUGGUUUUGAAAAAGAAGAAACUGUUCAUGGAUCAGAGGACACUGGGUCAGAGGAUGGAGAAGACUCUGAGUUCUGGGAAGGUGUUACCAAGCCAGGGAGUUCAAAAACAACAGCUUCUCAGCAGAAGGAUGAGGCACCAGAUGGCUCAACAUCAACUACAGACAAUGAAGCUAUAGAAGACGGUGAGGAAGUUGAAAAAUUCAACUUUAAAAUCAUCACUGAUCCAGCAGACCUGAUGAAAUUUGUCCAACACCUCAAAGAGAGUAACAGGAAGAAAGCACAAAACCAGGCUAAAAGUCACAGAGAAAAAACACUAAGCAGCAAGGUAGCAGAGAAACCUGAAGAGGAAGAGAAAGAUGAAGAUGAACGCCUGCUGCAGGAGUUUGAGGAAGAGAUGGCCGACCUGUCUGUUCCUUCAGAGAAGAUUGAAGAAAUAAAGGAGGAGAUGCAGAAGGAGUUUGACAACAUCAUAAAUGAGGCCCAGCAGGAAUUAGAGACAGAGGGUCUGAAAGGGGAGUUUGAUCGUGCUCAGGCCACACAGACACUGGAGACCACACUGGACAAGCUGCUUGACCAGUUAGAGGAGAAAGAUGUCCAGGACACUGAACCGCAAACAGCUGGAGUUCAGAGAGGCAGCGACCCGACCAGAGGAAGCCCCAGCUUAGCCCCCAAGCAGCCAGACCAAGCGGAUGACGACCAUGUUAAGAUCAAAAUUACUAAGUAUAAGACGGGCAGCAGCCCUGAUGGGGAGGUCAAAGUUCAGGAGAUGGGCGAAGGAGACCCCCAGUGGCAGCACAUAAAGGACGUGGUUAAAGAACAGCUAGAGAAAGCAGGACUGAAGGCAGAAGGUAAAAUUGAGGUGAAGAUCUUGACAAGAAAAAACGCAGAGGAGGCCGGUGAUCAGUGGCUGACUGAAGAAGAUACAAAGUCCUUUAGAGAGCUCCUCAUAAAUCUCCUGACUGGAGGUACAGAAGAGGUUUACAAAGAGCAAAAGAGGCAGCAGGAGUUGGAGAACAACUAUAGGUUUGUGUGGGGAGAGUCUCAGGAGGAGUCACAGUCAUCCAGCUCCUCUGACUCAGAUGAUGUGGAUGUAUGAGCUCCUCCAGUUCAUUCACUGCACCUUUUCACACAAUGAACUCCUUUGGAGACCAGCAAAGUGGAGGACUGAGUGCAGGCUCAAAUUUGAAAGAGGAGCCCUUGUGUUUCAAUUACUGCUAUUAAACCUGGCAGAAAAAACAACUCUCAUGUCUGAACAUUCAGAAUAUCUGUUUGUCUGUCUUCAAUAGGCAAUAUGUGUCUUUAGGAGGCACCACUUGUAGUGUAUGUGCACAGUAAAGCCGUAACCUGUCAGCUUUACUUGUGCUGUUAUAUUAACUUAUGCAUUUCCCCUUUUGGAUGGGAUUCAGUUUGAUAUACUGCAACAAAUGGCCAUUGAUUAAGGUACAAUAUGUACUUUUUUGGAAAAAGUCAGUGUCUCUGAGUAUUUACAUCUAGUUCUAACAUUUUCAGCAGUACACUGUGCAAAGCUGAACUAUUUCUUACCUUUUCUUACAUGGAAAAAGAAGUCCCUCUGUUUUAGUACCACACCUCGGCAUUGUUCAUACCUCAGCAAAUAGAGGAGUGUUUGCACAGGCUAUUUAUAUUUGACUGUGAAUGUGUUUAGCUUUGAAACAUAGGGCAUGUACUCAACAGUUCAUAUUUCACCUGUUCUUUCUGACGCUCUACAUUUACAAUGAGCAACAAUGUAGAUCUCAUGAGAGUUGGUACACAUGCUUUUGCACUUUAUAUUCUCAGUGGUGUUCCUUAAACUUAUGAUUCAAGCAUAUGUCCCUAAGUUUGUAGCUCCCCUUGGAUUGCUAUAUGCUGUCAAAGAGUUCAGAAUAAAAUUACAAGAAGUUAGGGAGGAUACAAUUUUAAGUGUUUAUUUUAUUUUAGUGUCUCACUAGGAUAGCCUUUAUUUAAUUGACCUUAAUUUAAAGAAAGCGAAAACAAAACAAAAGCUGAAAUAAUAGUCAUCUUCAAUGCCUGACGGUUUUAACUGUUCAAAAUAUUUUUCAAUGAUCUUCAGAGGUGUACUUUAAAGGGCUGACUUUGUAUAUUUUGUGAAUAAUUGUGGCUUUGUGGAACUUCAUUGUACAUAAUCGUUGCUUAAAUAUGUUUUUGAAAGGAUUUGUUGUAUAUAAGCACAUACUAAGUAGCGCUUGAGCGACUUAAGUAAACACUUUCAAAUGUG